GGCCCGGUGCCACCAUGGCCGCGUCCCCCGGGCAGCGCCGCCGCUGGGAACGGUACCGGGGCUGGGAGCGGGAGCAGGCCCGGCUGAAGGGCAGCGUGGUGCAGGAGGACACCGAGGAGUGGCAGAAGGAUCCCCGUUUCACCGGGCUGCACAGAGUGGGAGGUGUGGAUUUAUCCUACAUCAAGGGCGACGAGAGCCGUGCCUGCGCCUCCCUGGUCGUGCUCAGCUACCCGGGGCUCGAGGUGCUGUACCAGGAUUGCCGCAUGGUGCCCGUCACUGCCCCGUACGUGGCCGGGUUCCUGGCCUUCCGAGAGGUCCCUGUCCUGGUGGAAGCUGUCCAGAGACUUCAGCAGGAGGAGCCCCAGCUCCAGCCUCAGGUGCUUCUGGUAGAUGGGAACGGUCUGCUCCAUCCCAGAGGAUUUGGCACAGCCUGUCACCUCGGAGUCCUGACAGACCUGCCGUGCAUUGGUGUGGCCAAGAACCUCCUGCAGGUGGAUGGCUUGGUCAGGGACGAGCUGCACAGGGAGCAGGUUCGUUCCCUGCAGAGGUCAGGAGAGACAUUCCCACUGACAGGCACCUCAGGGAAGGUCCUGGGCAUGGCGCUGCGGAGCUACAACAACAGCUCCAAGCCGGUGUACGUGUCCGUGGGGCACCGCGUGAGCCUGGGCACGGCCGUGCGCCUCGUCAGGGCCUGCUGCCGCUUCCGCGUCCCGGAGCCCAUCCGCCAGGCUGACAUUAGGUCCAGGGAGUACCUUCGGAAGCUGCCCUGUGCUCCACAGGACGUGCUGGAGCCUGCCAGCCCAGAGAGCAGCAAAAAGGAGGCUGAAUUGGAGGAUUAGUCUGGUGCCAGAAGAAAGUGCAGAGCUGCUCUUCGCUGGGCCCUCUCCUGCACCAAAGCUGAGUGCUGCUGGGUGCAGGAGCCCAGUGCCACCCUGAGGGACAGCUGUGCCAGGCUGUGUCCCACAGGACAGCACCAGCCACUGCUCGGGGGGAAUCCUUGCAGUGAAUUUCUCAGGGUUCAUUUUCAAGUCCUGUUAAAGUCCUUGUGCAAGCAGAGGCUCACCUGUAAGUUUGCAGCACCUGGCUGGAGUCCUUGGGCUGCUGCAGGGGGUGAUUUAGAGAUGCUGAGGUGUUCCCACUGCAGAGCCAGCCUGUGUCUCCCACCACACCUCUGGAACUGAGCCCCUGUCCCUGCAGCCUGGGCUCUCCCAUUCUCUGCACAUUCCUGGGGAGCAGCAGCCCUGUUCCAGC